UCCAAAGAGUUGUACUUGCUGGGCUUCGUUGUGAUCAAGGUGCUUUGAAAGGUAUAAAUAAUUUGAGAAUAGUUCUUCAAGGGAAACGACAAAAACUAACAAGUGGAUGGAGUUACGUCAUUGGUGAAAAAAGGGAAUUUCAAAUUGCUGACGUUGAGGUUGCUGUAGAUAGUGUUGAUGCUGCUCAAGAUGAAAAAUGUUGUACGAUCUGGUCUGGUCUUGAUGAAUCGACGUUUGUGAUUUUGGAAGAACCUACAGUUGAUGAAAAUGUUAUGAAUAAAGAUCAUAAUGAUAAUGUUAAUAUAAGGUGUAUUAAAGGUGAUUUGAUAAAGAAUAACGGUGUCAAUAAUGAAGGAAAGAAAAAUAGGAUCAUUAGUAUACUAAAUAGAAGAAAAUCGAAUAUUAAAGAUGUAAAUUCUAAAGACAAGCUUGAACCUGAUAGAUCCUACGUUGAAAGAAAUAGUCUAAUGACUAUCAAGAAUCUGCUAAUAUGUAUGGGUAUUAUUAAUAGUAAAAUAGAUGAAUCGAGUAGGUCAAAAGUUGAUGAAUUUCACGUCGAAAAGAGUGAUCAUAAAAUAUUAAUUCUUUAUCAAAGGUCUGCGAAAGAAAUUAAUGUACCAGAAGCAUGUGACUUUGGAAACUGUCAUGAAAAAUGA